GAAAUGCAAGGGGUUGUCCUGCACAUCCCACUACUCUGAACAGUAGUACCGCACUAUCUUGUGCUGACAGUCUUCAAGUCUUCGGCAAGUGCAAAACGUAAUGGGUUUCGCGCAUAAUAAUGUCCUUCAUGCCAAUCAUUUCCGUAAGGACUGGCAACGUCGAGUGCGUACCUGGUUUGAACAACCAGGACGUAAAUUACGACGACGCAAUGCUCGUAAAACUAAGGCAGUCACACUUGGUGUCCGUCCCCUAACUCUCCUACGCCCUGCCGUUCACUGCCAGACAGUGCGAUACAAUCGCAAGAUUCGGCUUGGCCGAGGGUUUACCUAUGCCGAACUAAGGGAGGCUGGCAUCAAUCGUAGGGAAGCGCGCGGCAUCGGCAUUGUUGUUGACCAUAGAAGGAGAAACUUAAGUGAAGACGGAAAAGAGAUGAACGUUAAACGCUUGGCGGCAUAUAAAGAGAAGCUAGUUGUUUUUCCACGCAAAACUUCGAAGCCUAAGAAGGGCGAUUCUACUGGUGACGAUAUUCAGGUUGUCAGCACACAAUUCAACACGCGUUUAGUUAAUCCAUAUACAUUGGACGCUCCACGUGCAAUUACCGAAGAGGAACGAUUGUUUAGGGCUUAUCGAAGUCUACGUGGUGCUCGUGCCAGUGCUCGAUAUGACGGCGCACGUAAAGUCCGUGCUGCUAAAAGAAGAAGAGGAAGCAAACAAAAAGAAAUAGGGUACUGUUUUCUCUGAUUAUUGUUGUCCUCCCAAAUGUGGGCGCGGUUGUGAGCGCAAAAUUGAAGUGUUAUGACUUUUUUGCUUUUGCUAUUGUUGGACAUUGCAUUGCAAU